AUGACUGUUCCAGCAACCACAAUUACGCCCACUUCACCCACAUCCAAGCUUUCAGGGAGAAAUUUAUACAAUGCAAUAGGUCAGCCAAAGACUAUAGUAGCUCCAAUGGUGGACCAAUCUGAGUUAGCAUGGAGAAUACUAUCACGCAAAUAUGGUGCUGACUUAUGUUACACACCAAUGUUUCAUGCGCGAUUGUUUGUCACUAGUGACAAGUAUCGUAAAAGUAUGUUCAAUGAUCAAGAUGGGAACCCCAAAUAUGAUCGCCCUUUGAUUGUUCAAUUCUGUGCCAAUGAUCCAGACACUCUAUUACAAGCAGCCAAAUUAGUUGAAGGUCAAUGCGAUGCUGUUGAUUUAAAUUUAGGAUGUCCUCAGGGGAUUGCUAAAAAGGGUAAAUAUGGAUCAUUUUUGAUGGAGGAUUGGGGGUUAAUUCACAAAUUGAUUGCAAACUUGCAUAAGAAUUUAUCUAUUCCCGUAACUGCCAAGAUUAGAGUUUAUGAUGAUUAUGAAAAGUCGUUGCAAUAUGCCAAGAUGGUAUUAGACGCUGGAGCACAAUUUUUAACUGUACAUGGGAGAACAAGAGAAAUGAAGGGACAAAAUACUGGGUUAGCCAAUUGGAAAAUAUUACGGUACUUGCGUGACAAUUUACCCCAAGAUCAAGUGUUUUUCGCCAAUGGCAAUAUCUUGUACCCAGAUGAUUUACAACGAUGUGCAGAUGCAACCAAAUGCGACGCUGUAAUGUCAGCAGAGGGGAACUUGUACAACCCAGGAGUGUUUUGGACCAAGACCAAUGAUAUUGACAGCCAAUUCCCCCGUGUAGACAAGAUUUUGCGUGAAUAUUUUGAAAUUGUCAAAUCAGUUGAUCCUCAUCCUGCAUCGCGACAUUCAAUGAAGUCACAUUUUUUCAAAUUAAUGCAUGAGUUUCUUAAUCACCGGACAGAAUUACGACCCAUGAUUGGCAAGACUAGUGUACAUUCAUCAUUUGAUGAAUGGGAAAAGAUUGUUGAAGAAGUGGAGAGAAUUGUUAAAGAGGAGAUUGUUUCGCAACCCAAUUUUAAAGGCUUGGAUGUUGUUGUUGAUGGCAAGGUACAAGAAUGGGGUGGUCAUUACAAGACUGUACCAUAUUGGCGAUGUCAACCGUUUUUCAGAAAAGUGGAUGGUGAGAGACAAAAUACGAGGUUGUUGAAAGUUGCUGGAGAAAACGAUUUGAUGGUUACGUCGAAUGAGGCAAAGGAGAAGUUACUUAAACGUGGAUUGGAAGGAGAGAUUGAUGGUGAAGGUAAUGCUAGAAAAAAACUAGCAACAUGA